CCUGCCCAAGCCAUUGGCCUCGGAGUCUGCACCGGCUAUGGGAAUACUGUCGCGGAGCCUGUCCGGAGGAGGCCGGGUGGGAGCUGCGCUCCGCUACCGGGCCAGUUCUCGCGGGCCGAGUGGGCCGCACUGCCCCCGCUGGGUUGCGGGAAGCCUCUCGCGCAGCCGGGGUGUCCCAGGUCUGGGAGGCCAGCCAGCCCUUGGAAGAGUCACGGUCAGCGCGCUCCCUGAGAGCUUUCUUCAGGGCACACAACAGUCCUCCAGCUGGGGCAGCUGCCAGAGUCUUCCCCGAGGAAGACACAGUGUUCUUCACAGACACCAUGCUCCAGUGCGAGCCACUGAUAACCGCAGAGAGUUGGGGAUGGACCACAGGGAAGAAGGUGCGGAGGAUGACGGGGAGCCAAAGGCCUCCCAGCCCCGGGAGAAGCCCCCAGACCCUCCGCCACUUGAGCCUCCCACAAACUGCUGCAUGAGCGGCUGCCCUAACUGUGUGUGGGUAGACUAUGCAGAAGCCCUGCUCAGACACUACCAGGAUGGGGGGGAACAGGCCCUGGCCGUUCUAGAGGAGCACGUGAAGGAUGAGAACCUCAAGGCCUUCCUCAGGAUGGAGAUCCGGCUCCGGCUCCGCACCCAGAGUGGAGGCUGAGCCAGUGUACGUGGGACUCCGGGCCGUGGACAGAUGCUUCCUUUAGAAGCACAGGGCCACUUUUAUCCUUGAGCCUGGAAGACUCAACUUGUCUGCCGGGAAUAGGAAGUAAUGUGUAAGAACUUCACCUCUGAAUAAAUUCUCUGCGCCAACCAAACUGUGUGGUCCCUCUGCCUGCAUUGGCAAAGGAAGCAUACCCAGGCUGGGUCUGUGUCCCAGUGAGCGGCCACAGGUUUCCUCACCGGUGAAGAUGAGCCCUCAGUCAAUGA